AUGUCUCCGUCAUUCCUAGUUCAAUUUCGACAGUCUCUUCUUCAACUUCUUACACGACAAUUGAUCACAGAUGUCGUUAUUGACACACGGUUUUGUUCACCGCGCAGUAUUUAUCUUCAACUUUAUCUUAUAUGCACUACACUGUGUGAGACUGUGAAUGGGAAAGUGGAUGGGUUAAAUAUUGUUCUCUUACCUAGAGCUCUUUUGAUUUUGAAGAUUAAUCUGUAUGCUGUAAUUUUCUCAGUCAAGUCUGAUUUGUAUGCCCUGAGAUGGUCUAAUCGAUGUGCAAAAGCUUUGAACGCCCGAAAAUCAUCAGUAGAGAUGGGAAAAGAAACGAUGACCAAUGGUGCCGUCACAUCCCCUUCAGUGACUUUAUGAAGACAAAAAAUACAUCAUAUUGAUCAUACAGUUGACAGCUAUGCUUGA